UCGAGCCAGAGAGAGAGAGAGAGAGAGAGCGCUUUUACUGAGGUGAUGGAGCUGCUGCGGAUACCACCAUCCCUACCGAUGCUUGGAGACAACUGCCUGCCACGUCUCUCAGGAAGGGCGUUUCCUUUGCUCAGACAGUACCGUGUCUAUGGAACACAUCAUCCCCUGACCUGGAGCAGCUUACUAACCACCGGGAGAAAUCAGAACCUGAAUGGGGGUCGGUUUGCACAGUGUGCAGCGAGUCACAAUGGAGCUUCUGUCUCACAUGUAAAUGGUGCUCCAAAGGAUUCGUCUUUGCCGGGUAGUUUGCUUCGUGAUGCUCGCAUCCUCUAUUGUGCAUCUCCUGCCAUGGGUCAUAACAAGGAAGCACAUCCAGAAUCAAACAAAAGAGUGCCAGCAAUAGUUGAUGCUCUCGAAAAAUUGGAGCUUACAUCGAAGCAUCGGGGUUCACAGAUUCUUGAAAUCCGAAAUUUCUACCCUGCUUCACUUGAUGAUGUUGCACGAGUUCAUUCAAGAACAUACAUCACUGGACUCGAAAAGGCUAUGAGUAAGGCUUUGGAUGAAGGUUUGAUAUUCAUCGAAGGAACUGGGCCAACAUAUGCUACACAGACUACUUUCACAGAAUCACUUCUUUCAGCUGGUGCUGGAAUUACAUUGGUUGAUUCAGUGGUUGCAGCAUCAAAGCUGGGCCCAAGUCCACCUCUUGGAUUUGCGCUAAUAAGGCCACCCGGACACCAUGCUGUUCCUGAUGGUCCCAUGGGCUUUUGCGUCUUUGGGAACAUUGCAGUUGCAGCUCGGUACGCUCAGCAUCAACAUGGAUUGAAGCGAGUAAUGAUAAUAGAUUUUGAUGUUCACCAUGGCAAUGGCACAUGUGAUGCCUUUUAUGACGAUCCAGACAUCUUCUUCCUCUCAACCCACCAGCUAGGAAGCUAUCCCGGUACUGGUAAGAUGAACCUAAUUGGUCAGGGCAGUGGCGAAGGAACAACGUUAAACCUGCCAUUGCCCGGUGGCUCAGGUGACUACUCAAUGAGGUGCGCCUUUGAUGAUGUCAUUGCUCCAUCUGCGCAGCGGUUCAAGCCCGAUAUCAUCCUCGUUUCAGCUGGCUAUGACGCACACGCGCUAGAUCCUCUAGCGGGUCUGCAGUUCACGACGGGCACGUUCUACAUGCUGGCGUCGAGCAUCAAGCAGCUGGCCAGGGAGCUGUGCGGCGGCCGCUGUGUCUUCUUCCUGGAAGGUGGUUACAACCUGCAGUCACUCUCCAGCUCUGUGGCCGACACCUUCCGCGCGUUCCUUGACGAGCCAAGCCUUGCUGCUCAGUUCGAUAACCCGGCAAUGUUAUAUGAGGAGCCGACACGGAGGAUCAAGGAGGCCAUCGAGAAGGUCAGGCAUCUCCACUCGCUCUAGGUUACGCGCCGGGAGAUGAGCUGUAGACUCUACUGCUUGCAGCGCACGCGCCAUGAAAUCAGAUCACGUGCUGCAUUUGCAGGUUCAGAGAGUGGGUAUAUAUGUGUUUGAAACAUCUGCUUUCUGGUCAUAUACACUUGAUUAACUGCUGUCAAAAGCAUGGAUUUUAUAGGGAUCCUACAGACGUAAUACAAAUGUGUGUGCAAGUGGAUCUUACAUAGAAUUGUGUGCGCGGGCGUGUGUAUGUAUCUAUUAUGGAUCAAGCGUCUAUAAAAUAUUGCAUAUUGCCCUCUCAAAAACAAAAUAUUAUGUUUUGUUAA